AUGGAAAAGGGUUUGUUAGAGAAAGAUAGAGAAGGUGAACCAGGAAGAAGCAUAACACGGGGUUUGUUUGUUCAAGAGGUGAAGGAUGUUGGUUUUCUUGCUUUGCCUAUGAUUACUGUGACUUUGGCACAGUAUUUUUUACAGAUUAUUUCUAUGAUGAUGGUUGGCCGUUUGGGUAAACUUGCUCUUUCUAGUACUGCUAUUGCUAUCUCUCUUUGCGGUGUUUCUGGAUUCAGUCUUCUUUAUGGAAUGUCCUGUGCACUUGAAACUAUAUGUGGACAGACUUAUGGUGCAAAGCAAUAUAAAAGAGUUGGUGUUCAAAUCUACACCGGUAUCAUUUCUCUUGUUAUCGUUUGUGUUCCUCUCUCUAUAUUAUGGCUCAACUUGGGGAAGCUGCUGACUUUACUUGGUCAAGACCCUUUGAUUUCACAAGAAGCCGGAAAAUUUGCAGUGUGCAUGAUUCCUGCUUUGUUUGCUUAUGCAACACUUCAAGCAUUGGUCAGAUACUUUCUGAUGCAAAGUUUGAUAGCUCCUCUUGUUAUAAGCUCCUCCGUUACACUUUGUUUCCACGUAGCUUUUUGCUGGUUGCUAGUUUUUAAAUCUGGAUUAGGUUGCUUAGGAGCUGCGUUUUCUAUUGGUACUUCGUAUUGGUUGAAUGUGAUUAUACUUGGAUUGUACAUGAAUUUCUCUUCUGAUUGCGAAAAAACUCGGGUUCCAAUUACUAUGGAGUCGUUUCUUGGAAUAGGAGAGUUCUUUCGCUGUGCUAUUCCUUCAGCAGGAAUGAUUUGCCUUGAAUGGUGGUCGUUUGAGCUCCUAGUCCUUCUUUCUGGUCUUCUACCAAAUCCACAGCUGGAAACUUCAGUCUUAUCAAUAUGUUUAUCAAUCAUCUCAACAUUAUAUACAAUACCAGAAGCAACUGGCUCGGCUGCAAGCACUAGAGUUUCAAAUGCAUUAGGAGCUGGACAUCCACAGGCAGCGCGGUUGUCUGUGUAUGCUUCUAUGACUCUUGCUGUUUCCGAGGCAAUUUUGGUUAGUUCCACCAUUUUCGCCUCUCGACGGAUUGUAGGUUAUAUAUUUAGCAACGAGCAGGAUGUGGUGGAUUAUGUAACAUCUAUGGUUCCUCUGAUAAGUCUAAACGUUAUAGUGGAUAGUUUACACGGCACACUUGCAGGUAUUGCUAGAGGAUCUGGUUGGCAGAAGUUGGGAGCAUAUGUGAAUCUUGGAGCCUAUUAUGCCUGUGGAAUUCCAAUUGCUGUUAUAUUGGGUUUCCGGUUUGAGUUGAGAGGAAAAGGACUGUGGAUUGGGAUACUCGUCGGUGCCUUCUGUCAAGCACUUUUGCUAUUCCUUAUAACAAGUUUCACUAACUGGGAAAAACAGGCAAAUAGGGCAAGGGAAAGAGUAUUUGAAGGAAGUUUUGCAGAAGAAGAUAGGAUAGUUUUGAGCUAA